AUGUAUACCCCACCAGGUGAAGCAGUUGUAAAGUGCGUAUCUCCAGAAGAUGAACAAAUUAUAAAUUAUUUUUGGCUGCUGAUUCAUCGUGGUAAUAUCAGAGUCAGUACUGCGUGUUAUGAUUAUUUCCGAGUUGUCCCAAGUUGGGAUCUUGGGAGUCCCAACUUGGGACAACGUUUGGUCUCAGUGGUCAUGGGUGAAGGCGAAGGAGCCGCCUCGCAGUACAUGAAGCCCCUGGAGCUCUUCAAGCACAAGGAACUAGUGACAAUAAGUGCUCCCAUGGUUCGGUAUUCCAAAUUGGCAUUUAGAUCUCUUGUAAGAAAGUAUGGAUGUGACCUGUGUUUUACACCCAUGAUCAUCAGUGACUGCUUUCUGCAGUCAAUACGAGCCAGACACAGUGACUUCACAACAUGUAAAGAGGACCGACCAUUAAUUGUGCAGUUUGCUGCAAGCAAAGGUGAAGACUGGGCUGGUGCAACAAGAUUAGUUGCUCCCUACUGUGAUGGUGUUGACCUAAACUGUGGGUGUCCACAGCGCUGGGCAAUGGCUGAAGGUUAUGGAGCCUGCCUCAUCCACAAGCCAGAAUUGGUGGCAGACAUGAUCCGUCAGACUCGCAACAUGGUCACUGACCCAGACUUCACUGUAUCCAUCAAAAUCAGACUACACAAGGAUUAUAAACAAACAGUAAACUUUGCCAGACAAAUGGAGGCUGCUGGAGCUUCAUUCAUCACUGUUCAUGGGCGUACACAAGACCAACGCGGAGAUCCAGUAUGUUUGGAAGCAAUUGCAGAUAUCAAAAGUGUGCUCCAGAUUCCAGUAGUUGCUAAUGGUGAUGUCCGAUCAAUGGAUGAUGCUCACCGGAUACAGAAGAUCACGGGUGUUAAUGGUGUAAUGGCAGCACGAGGAAUGCUAGAAAACCCCGCUAUGUAUGCAGGUUAUACAACUACGCCACUUGAAUGUGUCAAAGAUUGGGUGAACGUUGCUCUGGAGACUGGAACACAAUUCACAUGUUUUCAUCAGCACCUUAUCUACAUGAUGGACAAGUCUCUAACACGGGCUGACAGAAGAUACUUCAAUGUGUUAGGGAGCACCUCGGGCGUUUUAACAUAUUUAACUGAGAAAUAUAUGAUAGAAUUUUCUUGUAGUUUUCAUGUAAACCUUCUUCAGUAAACUUUGAAUGAU